GAAGACAAAACUGAUGGAGAGAGAACUGUAUUCAUCCUGCACCUGUUUUGAGCGAGUUAAAGUUGAGAUUAAGCUGGAAAAGGUUUCCUGUCAAUCUUCAGUGUGUGUGACUGAUGGGACCUCCACAGAAUGUCAGGAUUCAGUGUGGAGCGGCAGAGAUCAGUCCACACCACAGCAGCUGCUGGACAAACUCUCUGAACAGAGAUCCAGAGACACACAGGACUCACAGCUCACUUUACUCUGUUCUACUGAUGCUCAGGAGAGUGUGUGUGACAGUAAUCAGGGUGAUCAAACCUCCACAGAGUCUCUGACUUCUGUCUGUAACGCUGGAGAACAGCAGAUGCUGCAGACACCAGUGAAGAUGUGUUCAGUGAAGCUGCUGGACUGCAGAAACCUGAUGAAGAUUAGAGGAGAAACCACCACAGCGGAACAACAGCGAGAUGAAGAUAAUUUUAUUCAUUCAGAGCUGAUGGAAGAGCAAGGGGAACAUCGAGAGCUGAAUAAAGUUGAGAAGAAACUUCAGUAUCAGAAACAUCAUGAUUUAAUGACUGGAGAAAAAUCUUUGAGUGACACAAAGACUAAGAAGAAGUUCUCAAACUUUCAAAGAAGAGCAUCAAAAAAUUCUUUCACCUGCUGUCAGUGUGGAAAGAGUUUCACGUUUAAAAGAGAUCUUGAUGUCCACAUGAGAAUUCAUACUGGAGAGAAGCCUUACUUGUGCCAUCAGUGUGGGAAAAGUUUUAUAUAUGCACAAGAUCUCAAGAUUCAUCUCCUCCGUCACACUGGAGAAAGACCAUUUGAAUGUGAUCAGUGCGGUAAAACAUUUGUUGUGGCAGCAUACCUAAAAACACACAUUAAAACUCACACAAAUAAGAAUUCUUACAAGUGUUCUUUUUGUGGGAAGAGUUUUGCUUACCGGUCAUAUUUUAAACAGCACCAGAAAAUACAUUACAGCAUUGGUGCUCCAAUGUGCUUUGAUUGUGGGAAGACCUUUACAACAACCAGCAACUUGAACAAGCACCAAAGAAUCCAUACUGGAGAAAAACCUUACAAGUGUUCACACUGUGAAAAGAGUUUCACUCAGUCAGAAAGCCUGAAAAAACACGAGAGAAUUCAUACUGGAGAGAAAGUUCACAAGUGUUCACACUGUGAAAAGAGCUUCACUCAGUCAGAAAACCUGAAAAAACACGAGAGAAUUCAUACUGGAGAGAAACCAUACAAGUGCUCACACUGUGAAAAGAGCUUCACUCAGUCACAAGACCUGAAAAGACACGAGAGAAUUCAUACUGGAGAGAAACCAUACAAGUGCUCACACUGUGGAAAGAGUUUCACUCGGUCAGAAAGCCUGAAAAAACACGAGAGAAUUCAUACUGGAGAGAAACCAUAAAAGUGCUCUUCAAGUGGGAGGAGAUUCAGCACAGCAAGUCAUGUAGAUUCUCAAAUGAAAAUGUGUUGCCCAAAGUAAUCACAGAGAGAAGGACUUCUUCAGUUACAGUGCGUCAAUUAAAUAGUAAAAAUUUCAGAUAAUCCCAAAGAUGGCAUUUAGUCCAAUAAAAACAACAACUAAGAAGAGUCAUUUGCUAAAAUCACCUGUUGUGAAGUUUGGCCUUGUUCAGCAUUAAUGUCCCAAUUCCUCCUGAUAUUAAGAUGGUGAUCCGAUCACCGGUGGUCUACACCAAAUACAGGUGGAAACGGGGUCGAGAACACCAUACGGAUGUGAGCAAGUGAGCAUCGUCCAAAACAGUGAUGUAACAUACAAAGAGACUGAAUGUGAUUCACCAGCAUCAUGAUGACAGAUGAAGUAACAUAAUUAAAAUUACAGUUAUGAUUGUUUUAUAACAAACAUUGAGACUGUAUUAGAGGUCGACUGAUUAAUCGGCCGAUUUUUAGCAUUUUUUAACAUAAUCGGCAUCGGCCAAUAUCCAAGUAUAUCAAGCCGAUUAUUAGGCAGGCGCAUCUGUGGGCAGCCUAGUGUUGUUGUGGAACACGUGUUCGAGGCAUGCUGCCCCUAGAGUCAUUUUCCAGCAGAGUGAGCAGACUUCAAGGAAUGAGCUAAGUUCCUUGGAGAAAACAGUAAGGAUUAAAUUUGUAUAACUUCUUUAUAUUUAAUUAAAAACUUUUGACAUGUUACUGCCAACUUCGAGAAAAAAACGCGACAUGACGUUCGGCUACUUUGGAUAUUGAUAGCGUAGUUGAAGUUGCAUUAUCACAGCUGAAGGGUUGCUAUCAUGUCACAAUAAGUAAGCAAGAAUUUUGCAAUUACAGACAGUGAAUCUGAGACUUUUAUUUGUUCUGUUUGUGUGUCUUAUAUUUGAGAGGGUUGUCACUCAAUGCAGAGAAAUAAGUAAUAAAAAAAGAUACCAAUGCACUAUAGGCUAUUGAAGGACUGGCUUUGGUAAGCUCGGACGUUAUCGCUUCUGCUGUCGGUACUGGAGAAAUUAAGAAAAUACAUGUAUUAUUGCUAUAAAGAGAAAGUUAUUUUAUCUCGCCAGCCAUUUCUAUGUAUAAUAAUUCUAUGAAACCAUUUGUCUGUGAUGCAAUUUAGCUAUUCGCAGAGAGAGAGAGAGAGAGAGAGAGAGAUCUCGCGCACAGCGAGCACAACACAGCUCUGCUAAAUGAGUGACAGAAUGAAACAUUCAAACAUUGCCUGGUUUAGAUCUGUGAUAUUAGUCUGAUUUUAUUUUAUAUUUCGCCUUCCAAAGAUUAUAAAAAGAAUAUUUAUACAUAAGCCGCAUUCUGACUAGCACAACUUCCUUCCCUUCACAGCGGUGCACUGACAUUUCUCCCUAAAACUCAAACUUAACGUCAGAAUCAGCACGAUCAGUGAUUGUUGUAAAAUGCAGUCUAGCUACUGUUGCUAAAUUGCGGGAAGCGUUUAAUAAUAAAAAGAGCGCAAUAGAUACCGUUCCCAAGGCGGCGCGCGCUCCGAAACACACCGCAAGGAGACAAGCAAAGUAUAGACUAUUUUGGGUUUCAUGUGCACGUCUAAACGAUCAACUAUACACUUGGCUUGGAGAUUCACUUUAACACAGUUUAUGUCUUAAAUGGACGUAGUUAUGGAAAUAGUUGGGAGAAAAUAUGCUGCAUCAGGAGCCUAUUAGAUCUGAACUCGGUCUUAAAGGGGAAGCAGUCUAAUAAUAAACAUGUGACGAUUGAGCCAUUACUGCGAAUCAAACAACAAAAGGCAAAGAGAAAAUCACUUACAGCUCUUGGAAUGAAUAACUUCUGCAUUAAUAAGCAUUAAUCUAUCUAUGAUAAACUAUGCAGUGUUAUUUUACAAUUGAUUAUUAGAUUUCUUUUUAGACCACACCUGAACAGUAAUGUUAGUAGACCUUCCUGAAAUUAAAUCACUGUGCCUAUAUAACGUUUAUCUUUGUUUAAUAUAUAUAUAUAUAUAUAUAUAUAUAUAUAUAACAAAAGAACCGUUAAGAAUACCGUUAAAGUACCGGAUCGAUAAGCAGUAUCGGUAAGAUAGUAAUACCAUUAAAACCUUAACGAUACCCAUCCCUAGUUAUGCCUGUGCUUCUCUUGGAUGCUCUGAAUAUUGGAUUACGUGUCUGGAUUGCCCCUUAAUUAAAGCUGCAUUUGGAUCUCAACCUGUAACAGUUCUGAAAGAAUGUUCCAUUUCUUGUGCUGUAAUUCUACUCCCCACCUUAAGGGGGAGCUAUGGAGGUUUCUUUUGGAAGGGCUAUCCUUUUAAGAGAGACAAGAGUGUUUAGAGAGGUGCUGGUAUGGCUUUGAGUGUUUGAUCAACUGAGCCGUAUGCAAUAAACCCUAUUAUGAGGAAUCUCUUUGGUUCAACAGCUCAAUGUAAGUUGUAUAUAUUUUGUAAUUCUAUGUUUAUUAUCUGUGUCAAUUGAAUAUUUUGAUUUGUAUUUGCUUAUUUGUUUAGAGGGUUUUCUUUUGGCUUCAUUCAAUAUGGACACUUCAUCUGGACUAUGUUGUGCUCUGAUUCUACACCUUUGUUGAUUACCCGGACUGGUGCUUGGUCAUGAUUUGAAACACUUUUUGUUGGACUUCUACUCCGGGACUUCUAAUGAACUUUUAGAAUAUUGGAAACGCUCACUUCUAACCUGAACUGCUUGUGGUGUGGUGAGAAAUUGACUGUAUUUCUGCCUGGACUCAAACAUGUGGUGAACUGAAAUGUUCUAACAUAAUGAAGAUAUGAUUUUCUUUUUCUUUGGAUGUGAUGAUUUGCUGGCAAUAUUGCUGUUGUGUAUAUAACUAUGUGGUUUAGGUUAUCUCACAAAAACAUAAAUACAAUUAACUCUACUCUUGGAAGAAUGGAUCCCCUUCAUUUAGUAUGUGACCAAAACGAGAGUGUUACAAACCUUCGUGUCUCAGAGCAGUUCGUAACACCUGCUUUGUUUAUUUAAUAUAUGUGUUAUACAUUAUUUAUACAAUAUGUUUUUACAUUAUACAUUUUUAAAGGGGUCAUGACAUGGUUUUUUUUAUUGUAUUAUUAUGUUCCCUUAGGUGCAAUUAUAGUAUUAAUAUAUUUUUUUUUUAAGAAAAUUUUUUAAAAUCUAGUGAUUUAUGACCUUUUCCCACCCUGUUUCUCAUCCUCUGAUUCAAACAGUCUGUUUUGGGGGCGUUUUCCAUUUAAGACUUCAGUGUUAACGCCCACUGUUAUGAUUGGCUAACGUCAGUGCCUAUGUAUCAAUUAUUGACGCUCCCAGCCAGAACAAUAUGCAAGUAAACUAAGUAAAAACACUGUGAUUAUUCAUAAUGAAUGAAAUUGCGCUUUAAAAAGUAGUUUAAAGUUUAAAAUAGAUUACUUACAGUUUGCGUCGUCGUUGUUCCCAGAAUAGUCGGCAUGGACUUAUCUUUGAGCAACAGUUUUCUGGCAAAGCCAGCAUCAUAUUGAGAUUUGUUCUCAAAACAGUCAUCCUUAAAAUGUACAGAACAAACGCUUAAGUUAACACUGCCGUGACUGGGACGUCCGCAAAAAUAAACUGCAUCCAUUUUUCCCUGACGUCUGGAUCUUUCGGCAGCUUAUUCAGAGGUUUUGUUUGACCGCAGCCAGGAACAGCACAUA